AUGUCUUCUCCAGUGGGCAUAAUAAUCUCCGGCCGACCCGUCAUUACCGAACCUUCUUCCGUCAUCUCGCCUACACAGUCGGCGUUCCAGAUUCCCUCGCAGCCGUCGUUUUCGCACAUUGUCGUCUUUCUCCUCCCCGGAAUCACUCUGCCUGAUGGGACUGCUGCCGCCGUGUACGCGCAGCUGCCCGGCACAACCGACUUCAAACUCCUCGGCGCCAUCGCCAACGAAAAGCCCAGUGCCAUCUUCAAGGUCAAUACGAAAGCUGGGGGUCCUGCAGGCGGCGGCUUAGGCAGCGAUGAUGCCAUGGUCGAUGAGGGCGUGUCUAUGGAAGCGGCAAAUGGUAGCAGCGCACCGCUGGCCCUUGGUAUAAGCGUGGAACCUGCACAACAAGUCGCUGCAGCCCUCGAGCAAAACAAGGCGCGCGACGCUGCGAUUUCGGCAACGACAACUGUGAGUCAGGGAAACGAAUUGGUCGUCAGGGGCCAGAGGAGUGUGGAGACAAAAGUGCUCGCGCAGAGAAUCAUCAAGAACUGUUACGACUUUUUGACGAGCUGGGGCACGGGCGAUACUGUGCCACUCAAAGCCUUCCAGGCAUGGUGGACCAAGUUUGAGGGCAAGAUUGAAAGGGAUCCGGGGUUUUUGGAGCGGAGCGACGGUGGUUGA